AUGAGCUCUGAUAUCGGAAGAUUAUCGCGUCGUCUCGGCGCCACAACUGACCAAUCGACAGCUUCGUCCAUGGAUGUUUCAUUGAAGGAGGCAAUCAUGGAAAAUUUGACAUUGGGAGAGCAUCUAGAGGCAGAAGCCGAGGCUGAGUCGCCUGAGUCCCUUCUCAAGCGAAUGCUAUCAAUAAAGUCUGCCGUGACCACCAGCUCCUCUUUUGCGCAGAAGCAGCAAGCCGCAAUUGGAACGGACGCGAUAUUUCGAGGGAUUGGGACCGGAUCGAUUGGCAAGAUCUUUGGGCAUCCUGGGACUAUUUUUGCCUACAAACUUCCGGUGUCUGGACAGCCCGAGAAGCUGUGGAACAACUAUACGAAGCAUCUACGUGUCUACCACAGCUUCAAGUCUUUGCCGUAUAUACCAGAUCAGGUCGAGAUUCCGCGUUGCUUUUGGUACGCAACUCCAGAUACUGAAUCCUUCUGGAGCGAUAAUCUCGAGCGUUUUCCAGACUUGCCUCACUAUCCUCGACUUGCUCGCCACGCUCUUUGCAUGGAGCGGAUUUUCCCCCUUCCGCGACCGAUUCGACAUGCACUGGUGGAUAAAUUCUGUCCUCAGAAAGCACGGCAAACCAUCAAGGACAGUGACUCCAAUAAAGACUGUCUUGUCCGUCCUUGUCUAGGCCGUGUCAAAUACGGGACCGGUGGACAUUUCUUUACCCUUCGUAACUUCAAGCUUCACGCGAAUAAGAUCAAGGAGCUUGAAAUCAAUCCGUCGGAGUUGAUUAUAGGAAUGUCUCAUGCCCUUGCGGUUGGUAGCCUGAUCUAUUUCUUACUGAGUCUAAGUCGGCAGGCCCGCAUUUGA